AUGGCGUCUCUGUAUUCGCACAUGAGGAGUGUGAAUAAGCAUAACCUACGUACACUACAGACACAGCCGCUGAAUGAACUCUCUGGAGCUCUCGGCGAUCUAGGGACUUUACUACCUCUACUCAUCGCUCUCACCCUGACCAAGAGCAUAUCAUUACCUGCUACCUUGGUCUUUUCUGGACUCGCAAACAUAGCGACAGGAGUGGCGUUUGGUAUACCAUUACCUGUUCAACCUAUGAAAGCUAUAGCUGCAAUCGCUAUCAGUCAGUCGUACACCAAGACUGAGAAUAUCUCUGCUGGCCUUUUUGUGGGAGGAGUUGUGACAUUCCUCAGUCUGACUGGACUCCUCAAGUGGUUUGGCCGUGUGGUACCUAUCCCUGUUGUCAGAGGUAUCCAAAUGGGCGCUGGUUUCGCCCUGGUCAUUUCAGCGGGGACUAGUCUUCUCAAGCCGCUCGGUUGGGUCAGUCCAAACUGGUCAGACAACUGGUUAUGGGCCAUGGCUGCAUUCGUCUUUCUCCUUGUAUCUUCCUUGGUGCCACGAGUCCCAUACGCUCUACUUGUCUUCAUACUCGGACUUGUGUUCGCUGGCAUCCAACUCAGGACCUCCCACUCAUCAACACAUUCAGGCUUCCAAACCUGGCACCCAAAAGCCUACAUCCCCUCCUCCAAGGACUUCUACAAAGGCGCCUUCGAAGCCGGUCUUCCUCAGCUUCCUCUCACAACCCUGAACAGUAUCCUAGCUGUAACAUCCCUCUCAGCAUCGCUAUUCCUCUCUUACCCUCCAACCCCGUCAAACACCCAAAUCGGCCUCUCAGUAGGCAUCGCAAAUCUAAUCGGCUGCUGGUUCGGCGCCAUGCCCGUAUGCCACGGCUCCGGCGGCCUCGCAGCCCAAUACCGUUUCGGCGCCCGCAGCGGCGCCAGCAUAAUCCUCCUCGGCCUCGUAAAACUGAUCCUCGGACUCACAGCCGGCGAAUCCAUCAUCCCUCUCCUACAACGCUUUCCCAAAAGCCUAUUGGGGAUUAUGGUACUAGCUGCUGGCGUGGAAUUAGCGAAAGUGGGUCAAUCGUUAGAUGAUGUUCAGGAUGCUUGGGAGGAAACAGAACAGGAAAAUGAGGAUGCGAAUGCGGAUAAGAGACGUGAACUUAAUGAGCAGGAGAAGAAGAAUCGGUGGGCUGUCAUGUUGGUUACUGUGGCUGGGUGUCUGGCAUUCAAGAACGAUGCUGUGGGUUUCAUUGCUGGUAUGGUGUGGCAUUGGGGCUUGCAGCUGUCGAGUUGGGCCAAGCAGAGACACUGGAGGGGUCAGAGGAGAUUGACUCGCUUCUUUACCUCCCGCGAGUAUAGGGAUGGUGAGGAUGCGCCUUUGUUGCACAACGAUGACGCUUAA